CAUACCCUCUAUACGUUCUUUUGCGUGGUUUGUCCCUCUUCAGUCGCCGUGAUCAGCUGCUGCUAUGCGGGUGAAAGGUCACAUCAGUACAGCAGACAAGAUGGAUGUCAACCAAGCAAAACAAGAGCAUCUACUCGCGUUAAAAGUGAUGAGGCUGACCAAACCUACACUUUUUACAAACAUGCCAGUAACGUGUGAGGACAGAGAUCUUCCAGGUGAUUUGUUUAUACGACUCAUGAAAGAUGAUCCAUCCACUGUGAAGGGGGCAGAAACACUAAUCCUUGGGGAAAUGCUUACCCUGCCACAGAAUUUUGGAAAUAUUUUCCUAGGCGAGACCUUCUCGAGUUACAUCAGUGUGCACAACGACAGCAAUCAAGUGGUUAAAGAUAUCCUCGUAAAGGCGGACCUACAGACGAGCUCUCAGAGGUUAAAUUUAUCCGCUUCAAACUCCGCUGUUUCUGAACUCAAACCAGAGUGCUGCAUUGAUGAUGUCAUCCAUCAUGAGGUCAAGGAGAUCGGGACACACAUCUUGGUCUGCGCAGUCAGCUACACCACCCAGUCUGGAGAGAAACUGUACUUCAGAAAGUUUUUUAAGUUUCAGGUGCUCAAGCCUCUAGAUGUAAAAACCAAAUUCUACAACGCUGAGAGUGACCUCAGUUCUGUGACAGAUGAGGUUUUCCUGGAGGCACAGAUCCAGAACAUCACUACAUCGCCAAUGUUCAUGGAGAAGGUUUCUCUGGAGCCUUCAAUGAUGUACAACGUCACCGAGCUCAACACUGUGGCUGCUGAAGAUGAGAGCAAGUCAACGUUUGGGAAGAUGUCAUAUCUCCAGCCCUUAGAUACAAGGCAGUAUUUGUACUGCCUAAAGCCCAAGCCGGAGUUUGCCGAGAAGGCCGGGGUUUUAAAGGGGGUGACGGUAAUCGGCAAGUUAGACAUUGUGUGGAAAACCAACCUUGGAGAGAGAGGCAGACUACAGACAAGUCAAUUACAGAGAAUGGCUCCUGGUUAUGGUGACGUCAGGCUUUCCCUUGAACUCAUCCCUGAUACCGUCAAUCUAGAGGAACCCUUUGACAUCACCUGUAAAAUCACCAAUUGCAGUGAGAGGACCAUGGAUCUGCUACUGGAGAUGUGUAACACUCGAUCCAUCCACUGGUGUGGGGUGUCGGGCAGACAGUUGGGUAAACUCAGCCCCAGCGCCUCUCUAUCUAUACCACUCAAGGUCCUGUCAUCUGUUCAGGGCUUACAGAGUAUAUCAGGACUGAGACUGACAGAUACCUUCCUGAAAAGAACGUAUGAAUAUGAUGACAUCGCACAAGUCUGUGUUGUCUGUCCUUACACGAGUCCAGAGAGUUAAAAACCCUUGUGGAUUUUCUGCACUGUUUAUCUCAAUGGACCAACUUUAUGUCUGUCUGUACAUAUUAAUAUAUCACAUUUUGCUCUUUACGGUGGUUGUUUUAAAAAUGUCAUUUUAAAGCCAUUAAUCAUGAUUUUAAGUAUCUGUCAAUGUGAAUAAAACAAUUACAAACCAA